AUGACAUCAUGUAUCAUAUUGUGAAAAACUGCUAUAGUGAGCCAAAAGGCCCAUAAGGCAACAGCAAACAGGGAAAAAACCAACUGCUCCAAAAGAAUGUGUUUUUCUCCCAUUCUGGAAAUCAACAUGCAGUCUGAAUCUAACAUUACAGUGCGAGAUGACAUUGAUGACAUCAACACCAAUAUGUACCAACCACUAUCAUAUCCAUUAAGCUUUCAAGUGUCUCUCACCGGAUUUCUUAUGUUAGAAAUUGUAUUGGGACUUGGCAGCAACCUCACCGUACUGGUACUUUACUGCAUGAAAUCCAACUUAAUCAACUCUGUCAGUAACAUUAUUACAAUGAAUCUUCAUGUACUUGAUGUAAUCAUUUGUGUGGGAUGUAUUCCUCUAACUAUAGUUAUCCUUCUGCUUUCACUGGAGAGUAACACUGCUCUCAUCUGCUGUUUCCAUGAGGCCUGUGUAUCUUUUACAAGUGUCUCAACAGCAAUCAACGUUUUUGCUAUCACUUUGGACAGAUAUGACAUCUCUGUAAAGCCUGCAAACCGAAUUCUGACAAUGGGCAGAGCUGUAAUGCUAAUGAUAUCCAUUUGGAUUUUUUCAUUUUUCUCUUUCCUGAUUCCCUUUAUUGAGGUAAAUUUUUUCAGCCUUCAAAGUGGAAAUACAUGGGAAAACAAGACACUUUUGUGUGUCAGUACGAAUGAAUACUACACUGAACUGGGAAUGUAUUAUCACCUGCUAGUACAGAUCCCAAUAUUCUUUUUCACUGUCAUAGUAAUGUUAAUCACAUACACCAAAAUACUUCAGGCUCUCAAUAUUCGAAUAGGCACAAGAUUCUCAACAGGGCAGAAGAAGAAAGCAAGAAAGAAAAAGACGAUUUCUCUAACCACACAACAUGAGACUACAGACAUGUCACAAAGCAGUGGUGGGAGAAAUGUAGUCUUUGGUGUUAGAACUUCAGUCUCUGUAAUAAUUGCCCUCCGGCGAGCUAUGAAACGACAUCGUGAACGACGAGAAAGGCAAAAGAGAGUCUUCAAAAUGUCUUUAUUGAUUAUUUCUACAUUUCUUCUCUGCUGGACACCAAUUUCUGUUUUAAAUACCACUAUUUUAUGUUUAGGCCCAAGUGACCUUUUAGUAAAAUUAAGGUUGUGUUUUCUAGUCAUGGGUUAUGGAACAACUAUAUUUCAUCCUCUAUUAUAUGCAUUUACUAGACAAAAAUUUCAAAAGGUCUUGAAAAGUAAAAUGAAAAAGCGAGUUGUUUCCAUAGUAGAAGCUGAUCCCAUGCCUAAUAAUGCUGUAAUACACAAUUCUUGGAUAGAUCCUAAAAGAAACAAAAAAAUUACCUUUGAAGAUAGUGAAAUAAGAGAAAAAUGUUUAGUACCUCAGGUUGUCACAGACUAG